UGUUUACCUCUACAGUCUGAACUGUGGAUGUGCACAAACCAUAAUUCAGACAUAAGCAAACUAUUCCGGGAAUACAAAUGUAACAUCUCCUGCUCUGUCAGUUUGACGAGUAACGCAGCCUUGCAUUGGUGCUACCCUACAAAAAGGUAAAGGGCAGCAGGGGUUCUAUAAAUACGGCAAACAGCGCUGGAGAGAGUGGACAUCCUUGUCUCAUGCCUCGGGGACAUGUAACAGGUUGUGAUGCGAGACCAUUAGUGACUACAGACGCUGUGGUUUUAAAUGAAUAAAGAGAUGAUGUCCCGAGUGGUGAAGAAACGGCAGGCUGACCCCAACGUGGUUCAGCACGUUUGGUCCGCCAUUGAAGUCAUCCGCAAUCAAAAGCAGAUUGCAAACAUGGACAGGAUCUCCAAGUACCUGAGCCGUGUGUUCGGCUUGCACCCCAAGGAGACAGCACGGCAGCUCAGUCUUGCGGUGAAGGAUGGGCUGGUGGUGGAGACCCUCACUGUGGGGUGCAAGGGUUCCAAGGCUGGCAUCGAACAAGAGGGGUACUGGCUUCCUGGAGAUGAGGUGGACCUGGCAGCUGAAGAAAGAAAGGAUUGGGAGGCAGAGAGUCAUGACUGGUACUGCUUUGAGUGCCACCUGCCCGGCGACGUGCUGACGUGUGACAACUGCUUCCGUGUCUACCACCUCAAGUGUCUCUCCGAGGAAUACAAGCCUAGGGAUGGAGGCGCUCACUGGCAGUGCGCACUGUGCAAGGGGAGUAAAAAGAAGAUCCUCAAUAAGCAGGAAAUGAGCAGGUACCUGCGAUUCAUCAUCCAGCGCAUGAAGGAGAGGGCUGUUGAUCUGAACAAGAAAGGCAAAGACACCAAGCAUCCGAUGUACAGACGGCUAAUCCACACUGCUCUGGAAGUGUCCAACAUACAGGAGAAUAUCACCGAAGGAAAGUACAAGAACUUUGAUGAGUUUAAAGCUGAUGUCAAGCUGAUUGUACAUAAUACGGCCAUUCUAUUUGGAGUGAACAGUGACCAAGCUGAGAUGGCAAGAUUGUUGUACAGUGAUACUUGUCAUGAGCUGAAUGAGCUCCAGCUCUGUAGAAACUGUUUCUACCUGUCCAACGCUCGGCCUGAUAACUGGUUCUGCUACCCAUGUGUACCCAACCAUGAGCUGGUUUGGGCCAAGAUGAAGGGGUUUGGAUACUGGCCUGCAAAGGUCCUGCAGAGAGAAGAAAAUCAGGUGGACGUGAGGUUCUUCGGUCACCAACAUCAAAGGGCAUGGAUCCCGGCAGAGAACAUUCAGGACAUCCAGGUGAGCGCACAGCAGCUCCAGGUGAAGAGAAGCACAGGCUGGAAGAAGGCAUCUGAGGAACUGGAGCUCCACCAGCGCUUCCUGCGAGAGGGAAUGUUCUGGAAGAGCAAGAAUGCCCCAGAGGAAUCACACGAGGAAGAGGCUGAGUCCGGCAUCUCCUCCACCAGUAAUGAGCAGCUGAAGAUCAGCCAGGAGCCCAAAGCCAAGAGAGGCCGGCGCAGCCAGAACCCAGAGCCCAAAGAGGAGGACCCCGAGCCAGAAAUGGAGGCAGUCAGCUCUAGCCAGGAGAUCCCCACCACGCCACACCAGCCAGAAAAGCUGUCGGUCUCCACCCAGACCAAGCGGGCCAGCACCGCCUCCCCCCGCACCCUGCACCGAUCCACCCAGACGAGCAGCGACGGCACCUGUCACAACAAGUGCCACGAGAAGUACACCAAGAUCUUCGGCGACGUCAAGGAGAUGAUGAAAGCCGACAACAAGCGUGAGACUGAGCGGGUGGUCAGGGAGGCCUUGGAGAAGUUGCGGACAGAGAUGGAGGAGGAGAGGAGGCAGGCAGUGACAAAGGCAGUCUCCAGCGUCCAGGCAGAGAUGGAGCGAAAGUGCAAACAGGUGAAGGAGAAGAGCAAGGAGGAGCUAAUGGAAGAGGUGAAAAAGAUGGUGUCGCAUCACAAACAGCUGAUCUCCCAGACCAAGAAGAAACAGUGGUGCUACAACUGCGAGGAGGAGGCCAUGUACCACUGCUGCUGGAACACCUCCUACUGCUCCAUAAAGUGUCAGCAAGAGCACUGGCACGCCGACCACAAACGCACCUGCCGCAGGAAGAGAUGAAAUCCCUGCCCUCUCCUGCCCCGCCAUGUCCGGCCUGGCCCCACCCUUCCUGCAGCGGGACUACGCUGUGAACAUGCACUGUUUCCCCCACUGUUAAUGUUGUUAGCACCAGCCUCUCAAACAUCAGAAGCUCUGCACCGUGCUGGAGAUGUGUUUCCUCACACAAUCUCCAUUUCUCUCGUCCUCCAUUUUUCUUUCUCUCUCCAUCUCUCUACAACUUCCUAAAAAAAAAUCACAGUAAGAACUCGAUGCAGACAUGGCUGGAACAGUGUUUUUUUAUUUUUAUUUUAUUAUUAUUUUUUGCAUUUAUUUUGUUUUAUUAUGAUUGAAGUGAUUUUACCUGUUGACAAAAGUGUUAUUUAACUUUGUAGCUAAAGGUUAGCAUUUAAAAAAAGCAUAUUAUGUACAUUUUUCAAAUCCCCUUUUGUACUGUAAAAGUAAUACAGUACAGAUCUACCUAAAUCACCCCUGAAAAAAUAUGCUUCAAUGAUGUCAUCCACAAAUUUGUGUGUAUGUAUAUACAUGCAUACAGUACAUCAUGAGUUACAUUAUGUUUGGGAAGAAUACGUAUUUUGAUUUGCCUCUAUUCCACACCUUUAGAUAUGUAAUCAAACGAUUAUCAUGUGGUUCAAGUUCUCAGAUUUUAUAUAAGGGUAUCACAGCACUUUUUAUAUACAUAGGCCCCCAUUUCAGGGUAGGAUUAUGUUUGCGGCAUAUUCAUUUCUUCCAAAAGAAUGUAGUCCUGUUUUGUACUUUGUCACUUUGUCAUUUGCUUGCUUGAAGUCUGUGACCCAUGGGCAUCACCAGGUGCUGAGUAUCUUCUCUCCUGUACAGCAGCCAUCUUCAACUCCUGCUUCUUUCUGGGACUAGUUGCCUUAUGUUUUCUCCUCAGCAUAGGAAACACAUGUUCAGUUUGAUUCAGAUCAAGUGAAUGACUUGGCCAGUCAAGAAUUUCGGCUUUGAAAUACUCCUCUGUUGCUUUAGCAGUAUGUUUGGGAUCAUUGUUUUGCUGUAGAAUGAACUGUCAUCCAAUGACUUUUUGAGACAUUUGCUUAAACUUGAGCAGAUAAGAUGCUUCGGUACAAUUCACAGCUGCUGCUAUCAACAGUUACAUCAUCAAUGAGGGCAAGUGAGCCAGUGCCUGAGGCAGCCUUACUUUCCCAAACCUUUCCCAGCCUUACUUUCAUAACACCAGUUUGGACGGGGUGCUUUUGAUUUUUUGACCUCCACACCUUGCUCUUGCCAUCACUCUCAUACAAUUCAGUUUUGCUCUCAUCUGUCCACAAUACCUUUUUUCCAGUAGAGUUUUUCCUGUAGAGUUCAGUGUGCAGAAAUGUGGGCACCCCGGGUCAAAAAGCCUUUUACAUUACAUUACAUUAAUAUCUAAGUGAACAGAAGCAAACCUGACCUCUAAACGUUUAAUGACAGAUUUCCUAAAAUUUUAAAGCAGGAUUACUUUAUAUAUUUUUUUUUUUACAAUUUCAAAAUAAUAAAAAAGGAAAAAGAGAUAUCUGUACUUUAACCACAUGUGAAUUCUGUUAUGACAAAUCUAAAUUGUGGAGUGCUGAGCCAAAUUUUCUAAAAAGUAUUUGUCCCAAAAUUAUAGAGCUCACUGUAUAUAUAUGCACACACAAAAUUUUGAAAGAUGAAACACAAGGAUUAUAAAUCCUAUAUUGCUUUAAAAGCAAUAAUGAUGGUUUGAGUACUUGAAAGGAUUCUUUUGUCUGUCCAAUUCUCAAAGAAUAUUGUAUCCAUCUUCCUUUAGUCUUGCCAUUAUUGUUUUUUGGGAACAGGGUUAUGAUGCCAGGUGUUAAGCCUGCUGAUUAAAAAGAGAAAAAUGACUUUUAUUAUGCACAUAUGGUUGUGUUUAAAAUAUGCUGUCAUUCGUAUGGGAAGAAGUUAGGGUUGGCCUUUUUUUAGGGUACAGUUCUGGAGAACAUAGGAAUCUUUGGGGCUGGAUCUUGGAUGGGGUCAAUAUAUUUUAGCUACUCAUUAUUUUCAACAUUUGCACAUUGUUUAUUUCCAAAACUAGAAACUGCCAAAAUGCUACUUUUGUUGAAGCAGUAAUGAAAUGCUAAGUGAUUAUUUUUCUUGUUAUGUGGGGGUGGGGGGACGUGGUAAUUAGUGUCAUUGUUACUGUGAUAUUUACAGUGUGAUGUACUGGGACACUUGGGUAUGGGGACAGGUAUUUUCCCCACUGUUUCUCUUGUAGUUUAGUAAGACAGUGCCUGUUAUAUCAGCAACCAUCAUUGUACUUAGCAUGGUGAUUACAGUUUGAAUAUGCCACAACAGAAUUUUAAAAACAAUUCCUGGUUAAAAAGGCAGGCAGGUUUGGAUGGACCAAUAUAAAAUAUGACCCAUUUUUAUUACCUGAAUUAUGUUCAAUUACCUUUAUUACGUUAAUUAAAGUGUAAUGUUAAUGAAAUAUUCAUAAAGCAGUUUUGGAAUUUGCUUUUAUUUUUUAAGAGGAAUACAAGUGGGAAUGAAAUUUCCAGUUUUUAUUUCAUUGUAAAGUGGUAAGAAGAGCCUGUUUCUCAAACUUUUUUGCUAGAACUGGAGUCAGAGAAGGAGACACUCCCUUGUUGAGGAGUGAUCCAGCAGUAAUGGUUUUGAACUUGACCGACCACACAUUGAUCCUUAUUACUCACUUGGUGAGUUUGACUUUUUCACCUUUUGCUUUUAACUUUUGCACUACAUGUAAAUAAAGAAAAGCUUCUGUUCCAUUUUUUUUUCUCAUCAAGUCAUUUCAAUGUCAAGUCACUGCAGUUUUAUUGUUAAUGCAAAAUGCAAAUGUUUAUUUUUUGUUCAUCGUCAUAUAUGCGCUGGAAGACAUGGAGGGAACAUGUGGUUGUGGUCGCAGUUAGGUAUUUUUUGUGUCAAGGUGUAAAACACUGACUCUUCUGUAAGGGCAACAGAAAUGGAAAAUUGUUGACAAUACAGUACCACAAAUAAUUAACCACAACUUAUUUUAUAUUUGUCCAUCCCUUGUGAAAAUAAUUAGUUGUGCUAUCCUCUGAAGUGGAAAUAUUUUGAUGUAUAAUCAUUCCAGUCUAACACAUUGCUGGUACUUGCAUGAAAGUAAGGUAUGUAUGUGUGUGUGCCUGUGUGUAUGCGUGAGCGUGCAUGUGUGCAUUUUAAUUUAAUCCCCAUGUGCACUUCUUGAAAUGAUGCAAUAUAAAAAUUAUUUUUAACAAGUUGCUGGAAGGUUAUUUGCCUUUUUUUAAAAGCUUAAUUGAUGGAUAAAUGGAUUGUUUGUAGUGAAAAGAGAUAACUCAUUAUUGACUAAAUGGAGAAAUUGUUUCCUGUCAGUGGGCUGACCAUAUGUACAUUAUUACUGUGGCUUUCAGUUUUCUAUGCUCUUCCAUUUUUAAAAAUGCUUUGGCUAGCAGUAUAUAAAGGUAUUCUAUGUGCUAACAUGGAACAAUAAAUGUAACUUCAACAAAUA